AUGGCCGACGAAAUGGAAUUUCUUGUCAAAAAGACCCUUGAGCAGGGUGCCGGUCUCAAGACAAAUUUCACAAAGACGGUCCAUCGCACUUCAUACCCUUCGAUCGAUCCCACGCGCCCUGAGCUUAGCCAGGCCGGCCGUACUGUCCUCAUCACAGGAGGUGGUACUGGUAUCGGUCUCUCGAUUGGGAAAUCCUUCGCUCUGGCUGGUGCUAAGCGCGUUAUCAUUGUCGGCCGCAGGGCCAAUGUCCUCGCCGAUGCGGCCAGAGCGAUCGAGAGUGUCGCCAAGCAAGCCGGGAAGGAGACCGAAGUCAUCCACCAGACCCUGGACGUCACAGACAAAGCUGGAAUCGCGGCGCUGUGGUCCGGUCUGAAGGACAAGGGGAUUGUUGUCGAUGUCUUGGUGCUCAACGCCGCAAAGUUCUCGCCACUGAAGCCGCUCUUGGACCUUGGGUCCGACGAGGUCUGGUCCAUGUUCGAGGCCAACGUCUACGGCCCGCUGAUGCUGUCCGAGGCUUUCGUGAAGCAGGGCGGCGACGACCAAAAGGUCAUCAUCAACGUCGCCAGCCAGGCCAUCCACAUCUUCGAGGAAUCUAUCCUCGUCCUCGCAUCAAAGGUCGCGGCUUACGGCCUCACCAAGAACUCCGGCGCGCUCCUGGUCCAGCAGAUCGCCGCACAGUCAGACCCCGAGAAGCUGCAGGUCAUCAACUACCACCCUGGUGUCGUCUACGCCGGCGGGUGGGAAGAGGCUGGGGUCCCGGACACUCUCCUGCCCUUCGACGACGUCUCGCUCGCCGGCUCUGAGGCGGUCUGGCUCGCUUCUCCCGAGGCUCGGUUCCUGCACGGGCGCUUCGUCUGGGCGUCGUGGGAUGUCGAUGAGUUGAAGUCUGACGAGAUCAGGAAGACGAUUGCUGAGGAUGUUGAAUUCCUCAAGAUUGGCGUCCAUGGACUGAAGGGUUUUGACCGCCGGAGGUGA